AUGAGUUUGUGGAAUUAUGGAGGAUCUUCUUUGUCUAAUCCAAUUGAAGACGAACCUAUCAUUCCAUACAUUGUCGAAGAAUUUACUUCCGAUGAUUUUUAUGAAGAUAAUACAGACGAUCAAGAAAUUGUUCCGGUUCCUACAAUGGAUUACAAUCCGUAUGGGGAAGUCGAACUACAAGAACGCAUGCAAUUCGAUUCAAAAGAGGCAACGGUGUUUGCCAUCAAACAUUAUCACAUCACCAAUGGAUAUAACUUCAAUGUGGUAGAAUCAAAACCGCAUCUUUAUGUUGCACGAUGCAUCCAUUACAACAAUGAAUGUCAAUGGCAUUUGAGGGCUAGUUAUAGUAAAAUCAGACAUCAUUGGGAAAUCAAGUCCAUUGAUGGUACACAUACUUGUUUCUCUACAUUAAUUUCACAAGAUCACUGUAAUCUGGAUUCCACCCAAAUUGCUUCCAUUGGUUUUCAUUUGGUCCGCACAAAUCCAAGCAUUCGCAUCAAAAGCUUGGUCGCUGACAUCAAAAGUCGUUACGGAUACACGACCACAUAUAGAAGAACAUGGAUUGCGAAGGAAAAAGCAAUUACAAUGGAGUAUGGUGAUUGGGACCAAUCUUAUAAUGAAGUUCCCAGAUGGUUACUAGCUGCACAACAAACCAAUCCUGGGACAAUUUUUCAACUUUCCGGUCCUCUAGUUAAUGUUGAUGCUGAGAAUGGGACAUCCACAUACAUUAUGGAACAUUGCUUAUGGGCAUUUGGACCAUGCAUUGAAGGUUUUAAGUAUUGUAAACCUGUUGUUGAAGUGGAUGGAACCUUUUUAACAAGCAGAUAUCAUGCAACCUUGCUAACUGUAGUUGCUCUAGAUGGAAAUAGAAACUUAUUUCCUUUGGCAUUUGCAAUAGUAGAAGACUCUAUGUUAAGAGCUGGUCAUCAAUAUCCAGAAGAUGUUACUGCCUUGCUCCAACAAAAUCACCAGAAAUCUGCAUAUUGUCAUGUUCAACACUAUGAUCGAGAUAAUUCAGAAUUCGAGGUGCAAGAGAUAUCGAGCCCCCAUCAAUAUCGGCCAAAACCAAUCUCAUUCACUAUCAGAUUAAAUGAUUCGUGGUGUGAUUGUGGUCACUUCCAAGCUAGUCGGUUACACUGUCAUCACGUCAUAGCUGUUUGUUCUUUAGGUCAUAUGCCACUUUAA